AUGAACAAACCUGACGUCGAGGAGUGCAAAUUAAAUCAUGUUUCUUCAAACAAAAAAAUAGGGGACCUAAAUAAUGGUGUAUUUUUAGAGAAGGAAAAAGAAUCAAAUAACAAGAAACUAUCAAUUAACGAUUUGGAAUUAGAAAUUGACGAUGAUAUUAUUUCCCAUUUGUCUUCGCGUAUAUGUAACAAAAAUGUUACUCAUAAAAUAAUCAAAAUAAACAAUUUAAUAGAUGAUCAUAUGUAUGAAUACAUCACAAAUUGUCAAGACUCUGAUAUAAGCGAAUCCAAUGAUACCAAUCAUAUGCACGAAGAUUCAGAGAAAAAGCAUUUUAACUUGCAUAAUGGCUAUAGGGAUGCGCAAAUUGGGAGUGAAUCCUUAAGCACCAAAUUUGCAUAUGAUAAUCUUGAAUGGAAAAAUAAUACCCCUGAACAAAUACCCUCACAUGAUUUAAACAAAGAAAUACAUUCUAAAAGUAAAACGAAAGGUAAAAAUAAUUCCCCAAAUGAGCUCACUUCCGACGAGCACACAAAUUUUGAGAAAAUAAAAAUGAUGAACUUGAUAGGGGGAAAUAGAAUUGUAUAUAACAGCAAAAACGAACAGAACAAUGUUCUAUAUUUAUGUUACGAUGAAAUAAAUGAGCAAUGUGAUGUAUGUGACAGAUAUAAGAAAAACUACAUGUCCAAUAUGUAUCCAUCAAGUUGUGUUCAUCUGAAAAAUAUAAAUGGGGUUAGCGAAGUUAGUGCACCUAACUUAGUAGGUAUCCCAAAUGGAGUGUACAAUAUCAGCUCUACGACCAACAGUCUUAAUGAUUACUUCUUCGUACUUGGUUCAACCUCUAACUCCAGAAAAUAUAUCCUUAAACAAAGCAACUUAGAUUUCCUAUCAGUACGUAUACACAUUGAUGAGAAAAAAAUAGGAUGCAGAAAAAGACACAACCCACUUACAUUAACAUCGAAUAUUUCUGUGGGAAAAGGAUUGAGGCUAUUGAAUAUGAUUAAAAAAAAUAAUUCGUUACAAAAACAAAUUUCAGAUUUGAGUAAAGAUAAAAAAGUUGUUCUACUAGUUGGAGAUGAAGUCAUAUACUGUAAUAAAGAAAUAUACGAGAAACCAAAAAAUGAAAAAGAAGCAUAUAAUUUCCUCAAAUCGUACAGUAACAACAAAUGCUAUAGUUAUAGUAGCAUUACCCUAAUCGAAUUAAAAACAGAGAAAGUUAUAACCGGUAUUGAUGAAUCCAUUAUUAAUAUUUACGAUAUGGAUGAUUCGGUUGUAAAGAAAAUACUUGAUGACUCAUCCAUUUACUUUUGUGCAGGGGCAUUAAAAAUUGAAAAUAUCCAUAUGCACAAGUAUAUAAAAGUCAUCAAAGGAAACAUUGACAGCAUUUUUGGAUUGUCACUAAACCUUUUAUUUCAUCUUGUCAAUUUCCUAUAA